AUCCGUAACAAUGGCCAAUAUUCAUUGCUUUUCCCACUUCUAUUUGUGUUCUCUUUCUUUUUCCCAUCCACCAAUGGUUAUUCUAAGGCAGCCAUAAAAUCUUGGUGCAUCCAAACACCUCAUCCACAGCCUUGCGAGUACUUCUUGUCACAAAAUCCCAAAUAUUUAACUCCCAUCAACAAAAAAUCCGAUUUUCUAAAAGUGUCACUAGAAUUGGCCCUAGACCGUGCGUUACGUGCCCAAACGAACUCAUAUUCACUAGGUUCAAAAUGCCGUAACGAGCGCGAAAAAUCGGCAUGGGCCGAUUGUAUUGAACUCUAUGAACACACAAUCCAAAAAAUCAAAACAACAGUUGAUCCAAAAGCUAAAUGCACAGCUGCUGAUGCUCAAACAUGGCUAAGUACAGCCUUGACAGAUCUCGAAACAUGUAGAGCCGGUUUCGAAGAACUCGGGGUCACGGAUUAUGUGAUGCCUUUGAUGUCAAAUAAUGUAACAGCUUUAAUUAGUAACACUUUGUCUUUGAACCAUGGUUACUAUACCGAGCCUACUGCGACUCAAGUAGAUGGAUUUCCAACAUGGGUUGCGCCUGGCGAUAGGAAACUUUUGCAAUCACCAUCACCAGCUUCUCAGGCGAAUAUAGUGGUGGCUAAAGAUGGUUCAGGGAAUUUCAAGACCGUGAAAGAAGCUGUUGCUGCUGCAGGCCAGAGGAAAGGAAGUGGAAGAUUUGUGAUAUAUGUGAAGGCAGGGAUUUACAGUGAAAAUGUGGAGAUAGGAUCAAAGGUGAAGAAUGUAAUGUUGAUUGGAGAUGGCAUGGGAAAGACAAUUAUCACAGGAAGCAAAAGUGUUGGAGGAGGAUCCACCACCUUUAAAUCAGCCACAGUUGCUGUUGUCGGUGAUGGAUUUAUUGCUCGAGGCAUAACAUUUAGGAACACUGCUGGGCCCCAAAACCAACAAGCAGUAGCCCUUCGAUCUGGCUCUGAUCUUUCAGUAUUCUACCAAUGUAGCUUUGAAGGGUACCAAGACACUCUUUACGUCCACUCUGAUAGGCAAUUUUACAGCAAAUGCGAUAUUUAUGGUACAGUCGAUUUCAUAGUUGGUAACGCAGCCGUUGUGUUGCAAAAUUGCAACAUUUUCGCUAGAGACCCUCCGAACAAGACCAACACUGUUACAGCACAAGGCCGAACUGACCCCAACCAAAACACUGGAAUUUCAAUUCACAAUUGUAGAAUCACAGCAGCUUCUGAUUUAAAGGCUUCUAAAAACUCAGUGAAGACCUAUUUAGGAAGGCCAUGGAGACAAUAUUCAAGAACUGUUGUGAUAAAAACAUUUCUUGAUGGAUUGAUGAAUCCAGAAGGAUGGAUGCCAUGGAGCGGUAACUUCGCGCUGAGCACAUUGUACUAUGGAGAGUACUUGAACACGGGUCCGGGUUCAUCGACUGCAAAUCGGGUUAAAUGGGGCGGUUAUCGGGUUAUUACUAGUGCUGCCGAGGCAUCUAAAUUCACCCCUGCUAAUUUCAUUGCCGGAAAUUCUUGGUUGCCAGCCACCAACGUGCCAUUCUCUUCUGGUCUUUGAUUUGAUUUUUAUUUUAUAUCUCUUUGUUGUGUACUUUCAUAUAUACUGAUUUGAAUUGUCAAUUUAUAAGUAGCAUGAACAUAAUAAUUGUUGCUCAAAAUGAAACGUGUAAUUGAGCAACUGAUUUGUAUUUGUUGUA